UAACCAGGCAACUUCAGCUGGAGCAGAGAAAAAGAAGAAAAAAAGAGCGCUCAAAUUCUACUACAAUUAUUUGGCAAUGGGGAGGAUGUAGUCCAGAUUUCAAAAUGUCCCUAAAAUGGGAAACAGGAUUACCUCUGCUUUAGAAACAGCAUGGACUUUUCAAAUACCAUUAGUGGGAACUAAUCGGGUUUUGACAAUGAGAAGCAUGGGAGAUCUAAAAGCACACAUCAACGAAAAGCACUCAAAGAGAGUGACUGAGAUGCACUGUCUGGGCUAGAGUAUCUGAGGGACUGAUUCGCAGUCUGUUGGAGAGCAGUUCUAAAUGAGCCUGUGUGUGUUAUUGGAUCUGUUUGAAGAGGAAUAAGGAUUCAAUAGGAUGUCAACAGAGACGGAACUCCAGCCAGCUGUUAAAACCAGCACGAGAAAGGAGUCCAAGAAGAAAGGUCAGGAUCGGAGCGAGACAGGUCUGAUCAAACGCUUUAAGGGGGAUGGUAUUCGGUACAAGGCUAAGCUGAUCGGGCUUGAUGAUGUUACAGCAGCAAGAGGAGACAAGUUAUGCCAAGAUUCAAUGAUGAAGCUAAAGGGAAUUGCUGCAGCAGCCCGUUCAAAGGGAGAACACAAGCAGAAAAUCUUUUUAACGGUCUCCUUCGGGGGGAUCAAAAUCUUUGAUGAAAAGACGGGGAUCCUUCAGCAUCACCAUUCAGUCCAUGAAAUAUCGUACAUAGCCAAGGACAUCACGGAUCAUAGAGCCUUUGGCUAUGUUUGUGGAAAGGAAGGGAAUCACCGGUUUGUGGCAAUAAAGACUGCACAGUCUGCCGAGCCAGUAAUACUUGAUCUGAGAGAUCUCUUCCAACUCAUCUAUGAGCUCAAGCAGAGGGAAGAGAUGGAGAAGAAAGCACAGAAGGAUAAACAGUGUGAGCAAGCAGUGUACCAGACCAUUUUGGAGGACGAUGUGGAGGAUCCUGUGUACCAGUACAUUGUGUUUGAGGCUGGACAUGAACCAAUCCAUGAACCAGAAUCAGAGGAGAGCAUUUAUCAGGUCCCCAAAAGUCAGCAGAAGGAAGGGGUCUAUGAUGUUCCAAAGCGGCAAACAGUGAGUAAUGGGGAGACUCUGCUGGAUAUUGAGGAAAACCUUGGCAAGGUCAUGCAGAAUAUCAGCCAGUUACAGCUGUUUGGUGACAUGUCGACUCCUCCUGACAUCACCUCACCUUCAACCCCAGCAUCCCCUGCAAAUACGCUUGACCCAGGUGUAUUGCACCAGCACCCCUCAGAAAUGUUCGGACCAUUCAACCCUGCUGCUGUACCCUCAGGUUAUGUCACGAUGGGAGCCGUCCAGCCCGCACUCUGGGGGCAGCCAGUGUUUGGAGCUCAGCAACCCAUGGCCUUCGGAGCCCAGACUCCAGUUCCUCAGGUGAUAGGGGCCCAGCCAAUGAUAUGGGGCCAGCCCAACCUUUUCCCUGCUACCCAGGAGCAAUGGGCUGCCAUGGCAGGUGCAUUUCCACCCACUGCCUUUAUGCCAACGCAAACUGUUGCACCCUUGCACGCGGCAAUGUUCCAGAGCAUGCCCGCGCCCGUACCGGCCGUGCCCCCUACCAGUGACUCUGCUGUGUCCAGCCCCCAGGGUGACAGGUCGAAACAGAAGAUGUCCAAGGAGAUGUUCAAGGAUUUCCAGAUGGUCCAGCCCCCACCUGUCCCAUCACGGAAGGAGGAGCAGCCCAUCCUGGCCUGUACCUCAGAAGCCUUCUCCAACUAUUUCAGCCAGGUGGGGGUGGCACAGGACAUUGACGACUGCGAUGAUUUUGACAUCUCCCAGAUGAACCUGACCCCGGUGACCUCCACCACACCGUCAACGAACUCGCCCCCAACCCCUGCCCCGAGGCAAAGUUCUCCGUCCAAAUCCUCAGCCUCACACGCCAGCGACCCGCCAAUGGAUGACUCCUUUGGGGAGGUCGAGGAGAGUCCUAGCCGGAGCGGACAGGAAGACACUGCCGGUGGAUCUCAGGCCUCCUCUAACAGUGAUCCACCUGCAGAGCCCUCUGGUGAUAGCCUCAGCCCUCAGGUCGGUAGCUAGAGAGCGCAGGUCAGGGAGAAAGAUCCUCUCUAUGCCCAGAUUAACAAAUUGAAGAAAUAAGUAUUGUGGAAUAGCCAGCUCGUUGGUGCUCUACAAGACCUUCUCUAAAUGGCAAUGCUCCCUGUCAGACUUUUGGAUCUCAAGGCUCCAUCACUCUGUAUUCUGCAAUUCUGAUGCAGAUGGAUUUACUUCUCUGGAUUGGUCUUCUCAAUGCAGCCACCAGUUCACAAGCAACUUAUGUACUUGCCAACUGCUGCACAAAUAUAAUAAAGGGGGGGGGGGAGCCAGGCAGCACUGCUUUUUGUUACUCAAAUGAUUCCCUUUUUUUAGAAGAAACAAAAAUGAGUUGUCACAUUUUGAACAUCAUUCGUGAAGGGCAGCUAUGUUUAAAUACACAGCAAAUUGAUACAUGGGCAGAAGAAAGAAAUGCGUCACUGUAGCCUACAUAUCACUGUAUCACAAUAUCACUAUAAAGGCGGAAUUUGAAUCAUAAAUUAAAGUUUUUUUGUUUUUUUUUUAAUUGAAACACGAUUCGAGCGUGAACUGCCAUUAGAGUGAAAAUGAAAUGUCUCCUGGUUCAAGUGGAAUAAGAUAUUACAUGCAUUACUUGGAUGACCCUGUUCCACUUCUGGAGAAAUACUCAAUGUGCUACUUUAAUGAAGAAAUGCAAAUUAGUUUUUUUCUUUCUUUUUUUUUUGGUUUGAUUUUCUGCUGCUCGAGUGCUAUGCAGAAAAGACUUAAUCUGUGCACCCCUUAUUGGAAGACACAAUGAAUAAUUUGCCAAAUAACUCUUAAUUCAGAGAUUGAAAGGAGACGAGUUAUCUUUGUAACUGGACAAUGAGGCAUGGAUUUUGCUACGAUUUUGUGAUUGAACUGUUCUUUCUCUAUAGCUUUUGUACAAUACUAAUAAAAAUGAAAUUGAAAUGGAAGUUUUAUUUUAUCAGUCAA